UGCAGUCCUCGCUCCUGCGGAAUUUCCAGGAGGUGACGGAAGGUAUCCGGGCGAUGGAGGCCGCCGUCGCCGCGCAGAGCGACGAGACGGCGGCGACUCAGCAGAACACGGCGGCGCCCACUGCCUUCCCGGACUCCUCAGCAGUGGUGGGUCGAAUCUUUCAGAUGAAGGUGCCAAACAAGAUGGAGGAUGUUUACCUGGGUGAUAUCGUCAAGAUUACUGAGAUGGGUAAGGAUUCCCUCCCUGCCUGGCUGCACUGGGAUGCCAGCAGCCGAAUCCUGCAGGGUCUACCUUUGGAAGAGGACAAAGGUGUCCAUUACAUCUCCGUGUCCAUCUCAAACCACACAAAAUCCUCUUCUUCGGAGGUGUUUUCCAUUGAGGUACACCCAGAAGAUCAUUUGGACGCAGAUUCGGCCCAGCUGACAUCCAACCAAGCCUCUGCUGAAGAUGACGUCCAGCCAUUCAUGUGUGGCAACGAGGAACCGGUCACAGUGCUGACGGUGAUCCUGGAUGCCGAUUUAACCAAGAUGAGCUCAGAACAGAGGGUGGGGCUCCUUGAUAACAUGAGGAGCUUCUCUGGGGUGGGGCUCCAGCACAUGAAGAUACUCCCCGUGGUCAACAACAGGCUGUUUGACAUGUCUGCAUUCAUGGCUGGGCCAGGGAAUGCUAAAAAGGUGGUAGAGAAUGGCGCUCUGUUGUCCUGGAAGCUUGGCUGCUCGCUGGAUCAGAGCACAGUCCCAAAUAUCAGCAGUGUCCAGGGUCCUGCAAAGGAAGGCACGAUGUCGGCCAAGCUGGGCUACCCCGUAGUGGGAUGGCACAUUGCCAACAAGAAACCCCAUGUCCCUAAGCGGGUAAGGCGCCAAUUAAACAAUACUCCAACACCUGUUCUGGCAGUGCUUCCUCCAACAACAGUAGUGGAGCCUCCAGUGAGGAUUAUUCCAACCCUCUCCUCUCCCUCUAUUGCCGCACCAACUGAAAGCUCCGCUCCCCCUGUAAGAGGCCCCGUUCCUCUACCAGGCAAGCCUACGAUCAGAGUCCGCGACCCUAUCGCCCACACUCCAACCUUGGGACCUCCUCAACCAACAAGGGUAAUGGAGACCACCAGCACCAUUCCCAUCCAGCCAACCAUGACCAGGCCUACAUAUGUGGAAGCCACUGCCACACCACCCACACCUACCAGAAGACCUACCAAGAAACCUAAGAGGCCUAAAUCCACACCGGUACCCAGAGAGCCAAAGACCUCCACAGCGAAGCCGCCCACGCGCACCACCCCAUCACCUGGUGUAAUUCCGGAUCCAUACAAUAAGAAACCUGUCUUGCGUAACCCCAUCGACCAGGUCAAUGCAUUGGUUGGCACAUAUUUCGAGGUUAAGAUCCCACCUGAUACAUUCUUUGAUACAGAGGAUGGGACAACAGACAAGCUGCGUCUCACCCUGAGACAGAACCACAAUGACGUGGUUCAAGAGGGUUCCUGGAUCCAGUUCAACACCACCAGCCAACUUCUCUAUGGCCUGCCUGAUGUCCAGCACGUGGGAAAACAUGAAUAUUUCAUGCACGCAACUGAUAAAGGAGGCCUGAAUGCAAUCGAUGCUUUUGAGGUCCGUGUGAACCGCUGGCCCAUCAAUGACAAGACCCCUGUGAUCUUCACAGCCCGAUUCGAAGGGGAGCCACGUUCUGUAACCAAUGACAUCCACAAGAAAAUCCUUCUGGUCAAGAAGCUGGCAUAUGCCCUGGGGGAUCGCAACAGCAGUACAGUGAGUCUACGGAAUAUCAGCAAAGGCUCCAUUGUGGUGGAGUGGACGAACACCAGCCUCCCUCAGCAUCCGUGUCCAAAGGAGCAAAUCACGGCCAUGAGCAAAAGGCUCGCCACUCCUGAUGGAAGGCCCACGGCGACCUUCAGGUACUCUAUGGAGCCUGAAUUUAGAGCACUGGACCUCAUGGUCAAGGGAAGGGCCAGCUGCAAAACAUAUUCCUUCAUCCCACCAGAAGAGAUCGACACAACAGAACCUCCAGCGGUCACUCCAGCUCUGGGAACAGGGCGGCAAAGCACAGAUGAUGUCUAUCUCCACACAGUCAUUCCUGCUGUGGUGGUUGCAGCAAUCUUGUUAAUAGCAGGUAUCAUUGCGAUGAUCUGCUAUCGGAAGAAGCGAAAGGGCAAGCUGACCAUUGAAGACCAGGCCACCUUCAUCAAAAAAGGUGUGCCGAUUAUCUUUGCCGACGAACUAGAUGACUCUAAGCCGCCUCCUUCUUCCAGUAUGCCCCUGAUCCUCCAGGAAGAAAAGCCCCCACUUCCACCCCCUGAGUACCCUAACAUGGCCACACCAGAGACCACUCCCCUCAACCAGGAACUGCUUGGGGAGUACACAGCUCUGCGGGAUGAGGACCCCAACGCACCUCCCUAUCAGCCACCGCCUCCUUUCACAACUCCCAUGGAGGGCAAGGGCUCCCGUCCCAAGAACAUGACUCCCUACAGAUCACCACCCCCAUACGUGCCGCCCUAAGACUUGUUUAACCCUCCCCUCAUAGGGCGGAGGGAGAGGAUGCCUGAGGAACUGUAACGGUUUCCAUUCUGGUGUCUGUCUGGACUUUUACAGGGAGAGAUGACAAGAGGUGCUAAAGUACAAAACAGCUACAAGGGAUUUAGGUUGGGGAGGGGGAAGCGAUGAGUCGGGUGGGGUUUUACAGUAGACAGAUGGGAUGAUUGGUUGAAACAGCUGGGAGGGACUACUGUUUUAGUGGUAGCCCAGCUACUACAGUGGCCUAAGACAAACAAAUUCUCAUCACACUGGCUUUUCGGGUCGACCAGUUGGUCAGAAGUGACAAUUGGGAGACGUGCUCUCCCAUCCCAGCAUUUCAUUUUUUUUCCCUCUGUUUAUUUGGAUACAGGCUUUUAUUUUGAAUUCAUCUUUAU